GCAGCCCGGGAGAGUCAGAAAGGCGAGGGGCCCCGGUAGCAGGCGUGUGGGACUCCCGACCGGAGAGCCGGAGGCUGCGCCUUCCCCGCACCGGGACCUUCACGACACGCCAGAUCCCCGCCCUUGCCCCGUGCGAGCGCCCACGAUGACCACCACACUCGUGUCUGCCACCAUCUUCGACUUGAGCGAAGUUUUAUGCAAGGGUAACAAGAUGCUCAACUACAGUGCUCCCAGCACAGGGGGCUGCCUGCUGGACAGGAAGGCAGUGGGCACCCCGGCUGGUGGAGGUUUCCCGCGGAGGCACUCGGUCACCCUGCCCAGCACCAAGUUCCACCAGAACCAGCUCCUCAGCAACCUCAAGGGCGAACCAGCACCGGCCCUGAGCUCUCGGGACAGCCGCUUCCGAGACCGCUCCUUCUCCGAAGGGGGUGAGCGGCUGCUGCCCACUCAGAAGCAGCCCGGGAGUGGCCAGGUCAACUCCAGUCGCUACAAGACCGAGCUGUGCCGCCCCUUCGAAGAAAACGGCGCUUGUAAGUAUGGAGACAAGUGCCAGUUCGCGCACGGCAUCCACGAGCUCCGCAGCCUGACCCGCCAUCCCAAGUACAAGACCGAGCUGUGUCGCACCUUCCACACCAUCGGCUUUUGCCCCUACGGGCCCCGGUGCCACUUCAUCCACAACGCCGAGGAGCGCCGUGCCCUGGCCGGGGCCCGGGACCUCUCCGCUGACCGUCCUCGCCUCCAGCAUAGCUUUAGCUUUGCCGGGUUUCCCAGUGCCGCUGCCACCGCCGCUGCCACCGGGCUGCUGGACAGCCCCACGUCCAUCACCCCACCCCCCAUCCUGAGCGCCGAUGACCUCCUGGGCUCACCUACCCUGCCCGAUGGCACCAAUAACCCCUUCGCCUUCUCCAGCCAGGAGCUGGCCAGCCUCUUUGCUCCUAGCAUGGGGCUGCCUGGGGGUGGCUCCCCCACCACCUUCCUCUUCCGGCCCAUGUCCGAGUCCCCUCACAUGUUUGACUCUCCCCCCAGCCCUCAGGAUUCUCUCUCGGACCAGGAGGGCUACCUGAGCAGCUCCAGCAGCAGCCACAGUGGCUCAGAUUCCCCCACCUUGGACAACUCGAGACGCCUGCCCAUUUUCAGCAGACUUUCCAUCUCAGAUGACUAAAAAAUCCAGGGUAGGGAGGGACCCCCCCUGCCCCCUCUACUCCCCUUCCUCCUGCACCCACGUCCUAGACCCUCCCCACCCCCUUCCCCACAGCCCUUAACAUUAACAAGGUUAAGCUCAACCCCUUCCCAGAACCUUGGAAUGACCCAUCCUUCUCAUUUACCUUAUCUCCCCCCCCC